UGACGGACCUGGUCAGGACGACGCAGCUGGCACCCUGGGCGAUUGGUUUCGGUCAAAGCACAUUGGAGUUCAAUUGAUAACUUCGUCUGUACAGACUUUUAUGUCUGGUGGACAUUCAGUGCAACUUCACAAAUGGCUUUCCUGUUUCCUAGACCAUCUUUCUUAGUGAAAGUACACGUGAGAUGAGUCAUGAACUAUCUGCAGAAGGCUAUAUAUAUAUCCCGACCAUGAUCAUCCACGUGCGAGACACAGACGGGACAAUGUAUUCAGUUGAAGCACAACCGACGGACACAAUCCACACGCUCAGGGUGAAAGUAAUGUUGGAAGGCGUUCCCCUAAGUGACUAUCGGAUACUCAGUUUUAACGAUACGUUUUUGCGGGACAAGAAAACGAUAUCCAGUUACGGCAUCAGCGAUGAAGACUAUGUGGAUGUCAUACCAGUUGCUGUGCUGCAAUCCUUCACUGGAUUUUAUGUUAACGUUGUCCAGCCGGAAGGGAACGUUAUCAGGGUAGUGGCAGACGAAGCGGUCCCUGUCAUACAGAUCAAGCACGAGGUGGCCCGGAAAGCGGGUGUGGAGGCGAGGAAGCUGCAGCUGAGGGCCGGCAGCGAAAACUUGAAGGACGAGAAGAUGCUGAGAGACUACGACAUCACCGGGGAGUCUGUUGUGUGGCUGGAGGUCGAGGGCGAGAGAGGAAACGGGAGAGAGAAAAGAAGGGAGGGGGAAGGAGCGGGAGACGACAGGCUGAAGAAUGGGUUGCUACUUGUUUCCCUUCUGGUGUUAGUUCCUCUCAGUUUGUGGCUGGCCUACAAAGGUGGGAAUAAAAGUAAGUAAGGCAGUACGAGCGAGAGACAGAAAAGUGAAUCUCGGAAACAGUGCCAAUGUGACCCCCCCCCCCCCCUUUAAGCAAGGUACCAUAGGGAGAACCUGUCAACCCCUCAUGCCUUUGUUUAACCGGAGAGUAACUGUAAUUGUCUUUUAUAUUCGCAAUGAAUUUAUGUAUUAUUUCUUUUCUGUUAUCAAUAAAUUCUCUAUAUAUUUUGCUGUCUAAUCUUCAAUAAAUAGAACAUUUA